UGAGCCGCCUUCGAUUCCCAUUCAAACAAGUCACCGGAGCCGGCACCAUUUUCAAACCCAUCGAUGGAGAGGAGCAGCUCUCUUGGGACGACGUCGUGGGCGGACCAGUGGGACUACGGCGGGUCGUCGGCGGUGGCGGCAGGGAAGAAUAAGAAGGGCGGCGGCAGCAGGUGGAAGGGCGGAGUAGAGAAGACGAAGGCGGUGGCAUCUUCGGGGUUGAAGAAGGUGAAGGAUGGCACGGUCAAUGGGUUCAAUUGGAUCAAAAAUAAGUACCAGCAGAGGAGGAGCCGAAAGCAAUAAGCCUCGUUCGAUCUUCUUGUACUUUUUUUUAAAUCUGAUAUCGUGUUGCUUUUGGGGUUUGUCAUCGCUUUAAUUUAAUCCAUGGUUUAAUUAAUUAA